AUGUCUGGUCCCGUCCUUGCUGCUUUUCGUUCUCAUAGUAUACCCGCGGGCCUCCAGGGGACGCUUGCUUCCUCGUCCUGUAUUGGAAGAUCGGCAGCCCUGCGGCGUACGCAGCUUCACGCUCGGUGUGCUGGACGCGCCGUCCGAGAUCUGCAUACACGUAACUAUCAGACUGAGGUCUUCUCUGAACGCGUGGGAGUAGAGCCGGCACUCAUCGUCCCAAAGUCGAAGGUGGGACGACCACCCGAGCCCAGCCAGGUCGUCACUCGUCCAUUUGGCCUCCAGGAGCGGUACUUCGUCAGCGUUCGCGGAUAUCGCGGGUGCGCGGACCCGUUCACCAUCGCCGCAAUCAGCACAGAAGAUUUGCCUCCGAUUAGGACAGAGCAGAUCGUGCUUACCUGGGCUGCUCUCCGUGUGCGACACCCGCUUCUCGCGGCUCGCGUUCAGACGACACCCGCUGGGCCGUCGUUUGUGUACCUACCUCCUCUCACGAAAGCGCAUGCGCUUAUCGAGUCGCGAAUGCACCUCAAGUUCCGCGAUGCAGACGACCGGCAAGCGGCGAUUGACGCGUUAGAAGCUCGCUGGCGCGGCGUCGCGCUCGUAGAUGCUAUUGAUCCCCGUCAUAAGCUCUACAGUGCAGUGUGGAUCCGGUCGCCGUCAGGGUCUGGGACAGGCAGUCAGUAUGCGAUGGGCUUUCAGUCCACUCACUUCACGGUGGACGGUUUAGGCAUGUUCGAUGUCGUGGGGGAGUUCAUGGAGCUACUCGCCAAUCCUGGGCGCGCGGAGGCCGAGCUGGAUGAAUACUUUGCCGAUCCCAACCCGACACUGCCAGAGCCAUGUGAAAGGCUCCUCCCGGAGCCGGAAGCAUCGUCAAAGGAAGAGAAGUGUAAAGGAAGGCAGGCAUACAAAGAACUGAUGGCAGGAGGUGAAGGCGAGCUUAUUAAUGGUAUCUUUCCCGACGGCACGUUGAAGGGGAAUGAGAUCGAGGCGUAUUCGGCGCGGCACUCGUGGUCGACGGAGGAGACGCGUGCGAUCGUGGACGCGUGCAAGAAGCACCACGUGACCGUGACGCAAUUUGUCGCGUCCGUUAUGGUCAUUGCGACGAUCCAGGAGCUCCAGCGUGUCGGCCGUCCCGUCCCUCAGGGUGGCGUCAUGAAAAUACAUGUACCGAUCGACCUGUGGUCGCGUGCACGUAGCGACAAGCGCGGAGUCGCCGUCCGCAUGUCCCAUUAUCCCAUCUUUGUCCAUGCGCCGUCGACCAACCUCCUCGACACGAAACACGGUGACCUCGAGGACGCUAUCCUUGAAGUAGCGAGGCAGUAUAAGGAUGGCCAUGCAAAUGUUGUCGACUCACAACACUUCUGGCAUCUCAUCCGGCACUACCUGGUCGAUUGUCAAAAGGCAAUCGACGCACUCGCUCGCUCCCCCUCAGACCUCGAUGCGAUCCCGUUCCUGCCAUUGUUUAGCAGCACUGGCAACCUGAACAAGCUGAUUCCGUCGUCCUUACCGGCAGUCGCGCCGGUUAGCAAAGGAGCAGACGUUGUGGCGCAUGCGCAAUCCCGAGGUAGCGGUAAGAUCCAUGUUCAGGACUUAACAAUCAACCAGAAGUGCAACCCCGCGAUCGUAAUCGCUCACCUCUGGACAUUCAACGGGAGGUUGAAUUACAAUUUCACGUACAACCGGCGGUGGGCAAGCGCUGGCGUCAUGGAUCCGUACAUCAAGCGGAUGAUUGACAUGAUAUCGUCGUUCGCACAGCGGAAGCUAUAA